GUUUUAUUGGCGCCACAGCGGCCGUGUUACUAGGUUGCAGAAAGCAAGCUGUUCGUACCAGUGGAGACAAUUGUUAUUGUUGUGUUCUGUUUGUGUGUGGUGUGUUUGGAUGGCAAUUUGGCGUGGAAUUUGAAAAAAUCGAAGCUUUUUCUGAAUUCUGUUCUAAAGGGCAUCACUGCUAAGGAUGUCUCAAGAUGAUGAUGAUAGCCCUCGGAAGUCGCUGCCGGUCCCAAAUGUUAACGAACGGCCACUGCGAAACCGAAAAAGGAAUUCAAGGGUUUUUAACGAUGAUCAAGAUACUUCGUGGGGGAACAGAUCGCCUCGCAAGCGCGGAGGUCAAUCUGGUCAUCUCGCCAGCCCUCGACAAAGCCAUCAUACCUCAUCGAUUUCCGGAGCUUCCGGUGGUCCUGGGGGCAGUGGUAUCUCGAUCAAACAGGAGAAAUCCGCUUCAUCGAGAGAUGGGCUUGCAAGUGACAAACGCGAUAGACUUUCUGGCCAUUCCAUUGGGCCUCUGGUCAAAACAAAGCAGCGAGUUAGCAGUGUUCGGGGGCCCGAUCGCGUUUCCAUGGGAAUUGCUAGUAACCGAUUAAAGAACUUCCUCAAAUUGCCUAAAGCCCAUAAAUGGGUCAUGUACGAAUUCUUUUAUAGCAAUAUUGAUGACUGCCUCUUUAAUCAGGAAAAUGAAUUUAGCAGUUACCUCAAACAGAGCUUCCCGUUUUUAAGAACCCGUCAACUGACGCGUACCGAGUGGUCGCGCAUCCGACGAGCUAUGGGCAAGCCUCGGCGGUGUUCCGCAGCGUUCUUUGAAGAAGAGCUGAGAUCUUUGCACGAAAAACGUGAACUGGUUCGUAAUCUGCAACAACGACUUAUCGAUAAACUUGAAUUAGUGGAACAUCUGCCCGCUGAAAUCCCGUUGUCGCUUGUAAUCGGGACAAAAGUCAUGGCUUACGUUCAUGAACGAGACGGUAUAUUUGUUGGUACUAUUGAUGCUGUGGACACACAAGGUGCUACGUAUCGGGUCUCGUUCGACCGGCCGGAGCUGGGUACCCUGACCUGUCCAGACUUCGAAGUAUUGAGUCUUCAACGUGUGGAGAGAAUGCCCAUUGAGUAUUUCAUACAGAGACCACGAACGCUACCACCGCCACGAUCGCUUUUCCCCUCUGCUCUGAAAAACGACGGAGAUCCGUUGUUGUCGUCAGGAAUUACGGACUCGCGUUUCGGUAGUUUGUUCCCUAUGGCUUUCCUAACCCUAAUCGUAACGCUAACUCGCGUAUUGAGUGAAAAAAAACGUAAGAUCGAAAAGCUAAAGGAGAUGAAUUCGUUCGCUGAGAAAAGUGUCCUUAAUAGACAUCUAGUUUCUGUACCAUUUAAGAAACGGUACGCCAUGUUGCUAUUGGACCUGUCACAACUAAACCAUGACUUAGAAGAGUGUCUUGAAGGUAUACACAAAUUCUGUGAAGACUUACAACCACAAGCUCACGAGCAGCAAUCCAUGUUGUCACAUCCAGUGGCGCUUCGCGCAAGAGCGAUUGAGGAAGCAAAAAACGUUGUCGCCUUGAGCAACGGUGAUCCGCCAAUGGUGACAAAUGCGGCACAUCUCGACCUCAUUCAAAGUCUCAUAAUGGUCAUGCUACAAAUGAAAGCCGCUACCGAAAAGAAGUAUUCGACCUUCGAGUUGCGAUCACUACAGGAAGCAAUCAAAGAGCUUCAAACGAAGGUCUCACCCCGAGUAAUGACCGCCUAUGAGAACGAGGUUCAGGUUCAUCUGCUUCAUGUCCAGCAGUUACUCACAAAACAAGCGGAAGAGAACCUUAAACACAACAUGGAAACGGUGAUUGAAGAUAAUCGAAAAUAGGCAAAACUUAGCAGCCUUUUUUCGUUCUGGAGUGACUAGUUCAUGCCCAUGCUCUUUGUGGCAUCGGCAUCUAGCUUAAUGUCACCACCCUCGCAUCAUCUGCGAUCGAUACAGCACCGCCGAAAAAAU